AUUGAGAGAGUGUGCUUUUUUUUCCAUUGGGUGGUGCUUGUCAUUGAAAUUAAUGGCCUAGAAUUUUUCCAACUUGAUAAUUUGUAGUAACCUAUAAAUCUAAAUCUAAUCCAAUUGCUGUAAUUGCAGGUGAGAUGUUGGCAUCACCAGCAAAGACACUCUUCAUGGAUGAAAUCUCAACAGGAUUGGACAGUUCCACCACUUUCCAGAUAUGCAAGUUCAUGAGACAAAUGGUUCAUAUCAUGGAUGUAACCACAGUGAUUUCUCUUCUUCAGCCAGCACCAGAGACAUUUGAACUCUUUGAUGACAUUAUCCUACUUUCAGAAGGCCAAAUUGUAUACCAAGGUCCCCGUGAGAAUGUGCUAGAGUUCUUCGAACACAUGGGCUUCAAAUGUCCUGAAAGAAAAGGAGUUGCUGAUUUCUUACAAGAAGUAACAUCAAAGAAAGAUCAACAACAAUACUGGUUUAAAACAAAUGAACCUUACAGAUAUGUUUCAGUUACUGAAUUUGCACGAGCCUUCGAAUCCUUUCACAUUGGAGAGCAACUUGUGGAAGACCUUCGAGUUCCUUAUGAUAAGAGCCAAACACACCCAGCUGCAUUGGUGAAAGACAAGUAUGGAAUUUCAAACUGGGAACUCUUCAAGGCAUGCUUUGCCAGAGAAUGGCUUCUGAUGAAACGCGACACGGGUCUCUACGUGUUCAGGAUAGUACAACUAACUGUGGUGGGGGUUUUGGCCUUGAGUUUGUUCUUCAGAACUGAAAUGCCAGUGGGCAAUGUUGAAGAUGGAUACAAGUUCUUCGGAGCAUUAUUUUUUAGUAUGACGAAUAUUAUGUUUAAUGGGGGGUAUGAACAAGCCCUGACUGUUUCAAGACUUCCUGUCUUUUACAAACAGAGGGAUUUCAUGUUCUUCCCUGCAUGGGCAUAUGCGUUGCCUUUAUGGUUAACCAGGAUCCCCGUGUCCUUAAUGGAUUCAGUAUUAUGGACUCUCCUUACAUAUUAUACAAUUGGAUUUGCUCCCUCACCUAGCAGAUUCUUCAAACAUUUCCUGGCAUUAUUCAGCGUUCACAAUAUGGCAGUCGCUCUAUUUCGGGCUAUUGGUGCAAUUGGUAGAACACAAGUUAUUGCCAGUAUACUAAGCAGUUUGACCUACCUAGUGGUAUUUGUGCUAGGAGGAUUCAUUGUUGCCAAAAAUGAUAUUAAGCCAUGGAUGAUAUGGGGAAAUUACGUUUCUCCAAUGACAUACGGUCAGAAUGCCAUAGUCAUAAAUGAAUUUUUAGAUGAAAGAUGGAGUCAACCAAAUACAGACACUAGAAUUGAUGCACCUACAGUUGGAAAAGCACUUCUUAAAUCUAGAGGCUUUUAUACAGAAGAAUAUAUGUUUUGGAUAUGCAUUGGAGCUUUAUAUGGUUUUGCUCUUCUUUUCAACAUUGUCGUCGUUAUUGCAUUGACUUUUUUGAAUCCUAUUGGGGAUUCAAAAGCAUACAGCAAGGAGGAAGAUGCCAAGAAGAAUGAAAAGUUAACCUCUAGACUGCAUGGCACACAAGACAUGGCAGUGAGAAAUUCUUCAGGAAUUGCUGGUUCUUCUAAUCAAGAAAGAAGAUUGGUUCUGCCGUUUCAACCUCUUUCACUCGCAUUUAAUCAUGUGAACUACUAUGUAGAUAUGCCUUCUGAAAUGAAGAGUCAAGGAAUCAAUGAAGAUCGACUUCAACUAUUACAUGAUGUCAGUGGAGCUUUCAGACCAGGCGUGUUAACAGCACUUAUGGGUGUUAGUGGUGCUGGGAAAACAACUCUCAUGGAUGUGUUAGCUGGAAGAAAAACAGGUGGUUACAUUGAAGGAAGUAUCAGCAUCUCAGGUUACCCAAAGAACCAAGAAACGUUUUCUCGAGUCAGCGGUUAUUGUGAACAGAAUGACAUUCAUUCUCCACAUGUCACUGUAUAUGAAUCACUAUUGUUUUCAGCAUGGCUUCGCCUUCCUGCAGAAGUAAACCCGCAAACAAGAAAGAGAUUUGUUGAAGAAGUUAUGGAAUUAAUUGAGCUUAAUCCAAUUAGAGAUGCAAUUGUGGGGCUUCCAGGAGUAGAUGGUUUAUCAACAGAACAGAGGAAAAGACUUACUAUUGCUGUAGAGCUGGUUGCCAACCCUUCAAUCAUCUUCAUGGAUGAACCAACUUCAGGUCUUGAUGCUAGGGCUGCUGCUAUUGUUAUGCGCACUGUGAGAAACACAGUAAACACAGGGAGAACCGUUGUGUGCACAAUUCACCAACCAAGCAUAGACAUUUUUGAAUCUUUUGAUGAGCUAUUGUUGAUGAAGAGAGGAGGACAAAUUAUCUAUGCUGGACCUCUUGGUCGUUACUCACAUGAGCUUAUACAAUAUUUUGAAGGUAUUGCAGGGGUUCCAAAAAUAAAGCCUGCCUAUAAUCCUGCCACAUGGAUGCUUGAAAUCAGCACUCCUUCAAUUGAGUCUCAACUGGGCAUAGAUUUUGCUGAGAUUUAUUCUAACUCUCAUCUUCAUCAAAGGAAUCAAGAGCUUAUCAGAGAGCUCAGUAAUCCAGCACCAGGUUCUGAGGACUUAUUCUUCCCAACCAAAUACUCCCAGCCAUUUUUUGUGCAGUUGAAAGCUUGUUUCUGGAAACAAUUUUUGUCCUACUGGAGAAAUCCUCCGUAUAAUGUCACUCGAAUCUUCUUCACACUAACCCUGGGAUUAAUGUUUGGUCUAAUCUUCUUCAAUAAAGCCAAAGACGUGCAUAAACAACAAGAUGUAGGUAAUCUAGUGGGAGCCAUGUACGCUUCUAUGCUGUUCCUUGGAUACAUGAAUGCUAUGGGAGUACAGCCAGUUAUUAACAUGGAACGAAUCGUCUUGUAUCGCGAACACGCGGCUGGGAUGUAUUCUCCUUUGCCCUAUGCAAUUGGUCAGGUGAUAAUAGAGGUGAUUUAUACUUCAGUUCAAACGGCCAUUUAUACUAUCGCCCUUUACUUCAUGAUUGGAUUUGAAUGGAAGGCAGGGCAGUUCUUCAUGUUGUACUACUUCAUGUUAACAUGUUUUAUCUACUUCACAUUAUACGGAAUGAUGGUUGUUGCCUUAACCCCGAAUUUCCAAAUUGCUACUGUUUUUCUUGGCUUCUUCUUGAACGUCUGGAGCUUGUUCUCUGGAUUUGUCAUUCCUAGGACGCAAAUCCCUGUGUGGUGGAGAUGGUACUAUUGGGCUUCUCCUAAUGCUUGGACGAUCUAUGGUCUUGUUGUCUCUCAAUUGGGUGAUGGAGAUACACAGAUAGAAGUUCCAGGAGCUGGAACCAUGGGGCUUAAGGAGUUCCUCAAGAAAACCUUUGGUUUUGAGUACGACUUCCUUCCUGUGGUUGCUGCUGUUCAAUUGGGCUGGGUUCUUCUUUUCUUGUUUGUGUUUGCAUAUGCCAUGAAAUUUCUGAACUUUCAGAAAAGAUAGGUUGGAAUCCUCUUGUUUCAAAUGUAGGGUUUAUGUCAUCUAAAUAAUGGUACAAUAUUUGGCUUAGAUAUGGUAAUAGAGUGACUUUUAAUGUAUACAACCUUUGCAAGUUAUAAUAGUAAUGUUUAGUGGUUGUAGUUUGUUUGGUUCAAAUUGUAAAAGGGAGGGAAU